UCGCCCCGCUAUAAAUCUGGGCCCCCGGCCGCACUCGUUCUGCCAUUGCUUCCUCUCUCCCUCGAUCCCCACGGUUGUUCCGAGUCACGCUCGUCCGCUCACCGCCGGCGAAACCCACACCUCACCCAAUGGGCAAAAAGAAGGGCAGCAAAGGAGGAGGAGGCGGCGGCGGCGGCGGCGGAGGCGGGAAGGAGGAGGUGAAGAGCAAAGGAGAGGGCGAGAACAAGAAGCAGGAAGGGGAGAGUGGCCUCACGGUGGUCCUGAAGGUGGACAUGCACUGCGCGGGUUGCGCCGACAAACUCGCCAAGCUCGCCAAGAGCAUCGACGGAGUGGAGAAGGCGAAGGCGGAGUGGGAGGCGAGCAAGCUGACGGUGAGGGGAGAGAUGGACCCGUCGGAGCUUCGCGAGGAGCUGCAGGCGAAGGCGAAGAAGAAGGUGGAACUGGUCUGGCCGCAGCUGCCCAAGAAGGACAAGGACAAGGACAGCAAAUCAUCGGCAUCUUCGGACAACAACAACAAGGCCAAAGAUAAAAAGCCCGAGGACAAGAAACCCAAAGAGCCUCCGGUGACCACGGCGGUUCUGAAGCUGGAUUUGCACUGCGCGGGGUGCAUUGAAAAGAUUUUCAAAGCUGCCUCAAAAACCAAAGGAGUGCAAAGCAUUGCUUUCGACAAGGAGAAGGAUUUGGUCACGGUGACGGGCGCGAUGGACACGAAGGCCGUCGUGGAGAGGCUGACGGCGAAGAUGAAGAGGCCGGUCGAAGUCAUCCAACCGAAGAAGGACAAGGACGGAGGAGGCGGAGGCGGGGGCGGGGGCGGAGGAAAGAAGAACAAGAAAGGCGGGGGGAACGGCGGCAAGGAAGAAGGAGACGACGGCGGGGCGGAGGAGAUCUACGGCGGACCCGGAGAGUAUUUCGGAGGGAGCAGAAUGGAGUACAACGGAAUACCACCUGGUUUCGGCUACAACGGAAUGCCGCCUGGUUUCGGCUACAAUGGAAUGCCACACGGUUUCGGCUACAAUGGAGUACCGCCCGGCUACAAUGGAAUAUCGCCCGGUUACGGCUACAAUUACGGGCUUAUGUACGGGAACCACCUGCACCCGCCUCAGAUGUUCAGCGACGAGAACCCGAACGCGUGCCACAUCAUGUGAGCCGACACGACGCGGAUUAUGACGUCACUAGGGCUUUGAGUAUACAUGUGAUAUGUUGGGAAGCAAGGUAUUUGGAAGUAACUGUAUAUAAUGAGGAGAAUAGAGAGGAAACAAUUUUAGAAAGGGAAGGGAAGGGAAGAAGCUGUGGGUGGGGAGGGGGCUGGUCAGGAAUUUGCUUUAUCAAUAUCUAUGGGGGUGGGGGUUGACUUUAUUUGGAGAUUAGUUUUGUCAAUUGAAAGUUUGAUUCGGACUAUGGUUAUGGAAAAAUUGAAUAUUGGUUUUUUCUUCCUUA